AUGGAGGCCAACGAGCAUAAUCCUUUACGGAGACCUUUUGUAGAAUCGCUUAUUGCUGAAACAGAGUCGGAACCAUCCACAGUCUAUUCAAACGCGCAGUCAGCAUAUUCAGCACUUUCAGAAAAGACGACCGCUUUGAUAAGGGGAAGAUGGAAGCAGAUUCCCGAAUUAUCUAUACAAAUAGGAACGAAGGAUGUCAUUAAAGAGCGAUUGACAUAUGAAGUUCGACGAAUGCAUGCCGAGGAAAGGAUGAGGCAGAAGAGGCAACUUGCGGCCCUCAGGCAAGAGCUCUACGAGCGACAUGGGCAAGAUCAUCUAUACCGCAAGCCCUUAUCUGAGCCUGGGUUCUCCUUCGAUUUGCCAAUUUCGUCAAAAUCCCCGAGAUCCGAAUAUCAGAACGAGGAAACGCAUUAUGAGGAAAGGAUGAGGCAGAAGAGGAAACUUGCGGCCCUCAGGCAAGAGCUCUACGAGCGACGGGAGCAAUACCGCAAGUCCUUAUCUGAGCCUGGGUUCUCCUCCGAUUUGCCAAUUUCGUCAAAACCCCCGAGAUCCGAAUAUCAGAACAAGGAAACGCAUUACGAACAAGAAUUGGCAUCAAAAAGUGCUCUUUCUAACAAUCACGAGGUGCGCAUCUUCGAAAUACCGUGUCAACUUGCAAACCAUUCCACCAACGCGCUUGGGGAUUAUGGGGCAAGGAAAAACUUCAUGAGAGAAGAGUAUGCCCUUCGCUUGGGACUGCCGAUAAGCCGGAAGUCCGCCCGCAAGGUCACCAUCGGUAGUGGGAAAGAGGUGACAACGGUGGGAACUGCAACUGUGCCAUUCCGGUUCACCGGCGAAAAUGAGGGCCACAAGCUUGAAUUCCAGCUUCUUCCCAACUGCAUCCACAAUGUGAUCAUUGGGAAAGCAUUUCUGAAACUCACGGAGACAUUCUCAAAUAUCGCCAAUUUCUGUCGUCGUGUGAAAGAAAGAGUUGCCAAAGGUAUCUCGCAGUUCCAUCUCCUAUAUCUUGGGGCGUUUACUCCAAUGUUUGAGGGGUCCAUCAAUGGCCAGGUACAGACUGCUCUCGCUGAUUCCGGCUCAAAGGUGUUGCUCAUGGAUGAGGCUUAUGCGCGAAGUAUUGGGUUGCACAUUCAGACUGGACACGAGCAUCAAACGAGACUGAAAUUUGCUGAUAAUUCCGUCACGGACACGGUCGGCAUGGUCUAUAAUGUCAAGUGGCGCUUUGGCCACGAUGGUGAAUUUACCUCACCUUACCCUCUUAACUUCCAUAUUCUGGAGAAUGCACCUGCGAAUGUCGUGUUAAGUGAUACCUUCCUCUUUGACACCAGAGCUUUCUCAGAAUAUCAUCGUUACUUAAUAGACGAUGAUGAUGACUGUGAAGAUGAAGACCCGCUGAUUCAUUUGCUUGCGAUCGAUAUUGAUAAGCGAAAGAAGCGAACUGAAGUGAAUAUAGCCUCCUUCUCUCUGGCCGAUUUACGGCACCUCGAACUUGUUCGCCGCGGUGAAGAGGCAGACCAUAUCUCUACACUCUCAAAAGCCAAUGGAACGGCCGCGCAAAUUAUUGAGAAUGAGCGAUGUGCCGAAUGGGACCGGACAUUCACAGCUGUGCAUACAAAAGAUCGACCGCAGAGCCUACAACUGCUUUCUGUGGCCGCUGUCUCGCAGAUCCAAUCGACUACGUCUUCACAUUCAAGCACAUCCGGCCUUAAAGGGUCUAGAUCGAAUCAAACACAUAAGAGGGGAUUUCUGAAGUUCUCGACUUGGCUGAAGCGUGGAAUAUUGAGUACGAGCUAA